CAAAGCUCUUUUGCUUUCUUCUUUGAGCAAGGAAAGUCGACGUCGUUGUGCUAGCCGUUUAAUUCGCACUUCGUUUCGCAUAAGAUGUCCAGCAGCGCAAGCGAUGCAGGGCGUGAUGACAGGAAACCUCGUACCGUCGGGCUGGUUUACUCAGAGGCCCACAUGAAAACUUGUGAUACGAUGCCACGAAUCCAAGGCAGAUGCAAGCUGGUACACGGGCUAAUCCAGGCAUACGGCAUCAACAGAAGCUUGGCGUUGAUAAGUCCAGAACGUGCUAGUAGAAGCGAGCUGUGCGAGUUCCACUCCAGUCUUUACGUUGAAUCUUUGCAGGAAGACAAGAGUUGCGAGGAAGAUGACGACGCUGAGAGGGAUGAGAUGUUUGGUUUUGGCUACGAUUGUCCCGUAUUCGAUGGUGUGUAUGAGUAUGUGGAAGCGGUUGCGGGUGGCACAUUGGCAGCUGUUUCUGCACUGUGUUCAGAAGCGUGCAGCGUAGCUUGCCAUUGGGAGGGUGGCUGGCACCAUUGUCACCGAGACCAGGCGUCCGGUUUCUGCUACGUCAACGACAUAGUCCUGGCAAUACUGCGGUUGCGCGAUGCUGGCUUUCGGCGUAUACUGUAUAUAGACCUGGACGUACAUCAUGGCGAUGGUGUAGAAGGUGCAUUCAGUCAUUCGGCCGAUGUCAUGACGGUGUCAUUUCAUCGCUACUGCCCGGGCUUCUUUCCCGGAACGGGUGCGACUGGGGACUGUGGAUCUGGAAAAGGAAGAUUCCACUGUCUCAACAUACCGCUGGGCGAUGGCACACGGGACGGCACGUUCCUACGCGUCUUCUCGCGCGUCAUGGCGGAAGUGCACGAUCGCUUCAGACCGGACGCCGUCGUGUGCCAGUGUGGUGCCGACUGCUUGGCCGGUGACCCGCUGGGCGCAUUCAACCUGACGCCGGCGUCACUGUGCGCUUGCGUGGAGCAGCUCACCGCCUGGCAAAUACCGCUGCUCGUGCUGGGAGGCGGCGGCUACAACCUGGCCAACACGGCGCGAUGCUGGACGCAGAUCACCGCCAGCCUAGUCGGCAUGCGUUGCCACGACGAUAUCCCCGAGCACGGCAACUUUGCCAAGUUCGGACCGGACUUCACCAUGAAUGUCAGCCCAGGUAAUCGUCGAGAGGAACUGACUACGACGGAGGUCGACAGGCUAAUUUCCACGGUGCUCGGUCAUCUUUCCAAUAUUGAACCGCCGACACCUGCGUCUGAAAGUGCUCAAGAUCUGCAUGAGAAAGAAGAUGCGGCCAUUGCAGCAAAGCUUGCAGCAAGUACCUGAUCCAGUUCAUAUCGCCUUCUUCUUUCGUGAAGAAAGAAUGUAGAGUGAGCAUGUUCUCACACACAACCUGCACUUGAACUUGCCUCGUAGCCAGGCCAAAGAGCCGUCAAACUUGAUACCUGACAAUUAGAGAAAAAAACUAUUAUUGGUUUCUGCCAGAAUCAACCAAUGCAACAAUGUUUACAUGAUCUGAACCGUUCACAACGCACAUGUCACAUGACGCACACACACACACACACUACAGUCAAGCACUAGUGUUAGCUUUGAAAACACCUACAAGUCGAAUGCACUGUAUAAUCUUAUACAAUCUUGCGAGCGAUUAUUUCCGUGCCAAUGAAA